AUGGCUGGCGAAGAAAAGAAACAUCAUGACGCUCAUCACCCGGAACUGGGAGGCAUGGGUGUUGAAGUUGUUCCCGCAAUUGACGGAGGUGUCGAGAUUAAUGAUGCCGGUUAUAAGGAUCAGUUGAAACGCCAGUACGGCCUUUGGGGGAUUGUUGGCAUUGCCUUAACUGUCGAUAAUGCAUGGGCUGCUCUAGGAUCCUCUAUAUCGGUCUCUUUCCUUAACGGCGGGCCGCCCGGUCUCAUCUAUGGCUUGAUAGUAGCACUCUUUUGGUAUUCCUUUAUUGGCCUGAGUUUGGCUGAGCUCGCGUCAUCAGUUCCAACCGCUGGCGGUGUCUACCACUGGGCUACUAUUGCGGGCGGCCCUAAAUGGGGCCGGAUGCUUGGGUUCUUCACAGGUUGGAUCAACUUCUAUGGAUGGAUGUUUGAUUUGGCGUCCUUGAUGCAGAUUACAGCCAACGUUGCCGUUCAGCUGUAUGCGACAUAUCAUCAAGAGGCAUACGUUUCGGAACCAUGGCAUGUAUACGUCACAUACGUUGCUUUACUUUGGCUUUCGACCCUUUUCGUUAUCUUUGCGAAUCGACUGGUGCCGUAUACUCAGACGGCCGGCAUGUUCUUCGUUAUAGUCGGCGGCAUAAUCACCAUUAUAGUCAUUGCGGCUAUGCCGAAGACUCAUGCGUCUAAUCACUUUGUUUGGGCCUCGUUCAACGAAAAUAACUUGACUGGCUGGCAGGGCGGUGUGGCCUUUCUCCUAGGGGUGUUAAACGGCGCUUUUACUAUUGGUACACCUGAUGCUAUUACUCACAUUGCCGAAGAGCUCCCCAAUCCUAAACGGGAUCUUCCGAAAGCUAUUGGGUUACAGCUCAGUCUUGGAUUCUUGUACGCAUUCGUCUUUGCGAUCGCUCUAAGCUACGCCAUUACCGAUAUCACCCAGCUGCAAGGAGGUUACAACACAUAUCCAUUGGCAGGAAUCUACCAGCAGGCAACUCAAAGCGUCCCGGCAACUUUCGGUCUCCUGUUUAUACUGUUUCUAACUAGUAUUUGUUGCUGUAUAGGGACCGUGCUUACGAACUCACGAACAUAUUGGGCACUUGCUCGCGACAACGCUGUCCCCUUUUCCUCAUUCUUUGGUCGGGUUAACGAAUCACUAAGUUGUCCCGUCCAAGCCACAGUAUUUGUCUGUCUCUUCGCCACCGGGCUGGGUGCCAUACCACUUGGAAGUUCAAGCGCCUUCUUGGCGUUGACGGGCUCCUUUAUCGUCCUCACGACAGUAUCCUAUGCUAUACCUUUUACUGCAAAUGUUCUCGCCGGCCGAAAGUACUUCCCACCUGGCCCUUUCCAUCUCGGGAAAUUUGGCAAUGUUAUAAACUUGAUAGCGGUUUUGCUUAUUGCCGUGUUUGUCGUGUUCUUCUCCUUCCCAUAUGAGAUUCCUACGACGGUCGAAUCAAUGAACUACAAUAGCGUGAUCCUUGUUGGCACCAUCGCAAUAUCAGUUAUCUGGUGGCUGGUGCAUGCCACCCGCCACUACCCCGGACCCAAGGUCAUGCAGAUAUACAUUCACGAUGAUAGAGCUCCAUUAAAUGAAUCCGGAGUUCUCGAAAAGCCCUAUAGGGCAGAGACCUCACAAAGGAGUUAG